AUGGCAGAGCAAGAUGUAGGAGAGCCCAAGAACAACAACAAGCUGUAUAUUAUAAUCGGAAGCGUGGUGUUUGCGAUCGUACUUUUGCUAGUGAUCAUUUUUAUGUUGCCGUCUAAUCCACUAGGAAAGCUUUCUGACAAGGAUGUUGAAAAUAUCAGCAAGAGUGUAUCAAGAUACUCUUUCGUUGAUCCAACAACCAUUAAGGAUGCAAGUCCUGCAAGUGGUGAUAAGGAUACACCGAAAGAACCUUUGAACCUUACUCAUGUAAUGGUAUUCAAAGUAAUUAAUGCAAUUUGGAUGCAGUUCAAGAAGGGAGAUACUGAUGUGAACAGUCCUGCAAUGAUGGUAUACAAGAGUUUGGAGAAUGACUUGACUGUCAUUAAUGAGAAGUUUGUUGAUGGAAUCAAUGAUGCAGUGAUCAAUGCCAGGAGUAUUCUGUUUGAAGACUCGAAGGUAAAGGUUGAUGAUAUCAUAUCGAUCAUAAUGACGCCUUAUGAACAAAUUAGAAAUGAAUACUACGCCAAGAAGAAAGAGAUAGCUGAAAAUAAUAUAAAUCUCCCUGAAGACAAGAAAAAGUCAGCUGAAGAAGAGCUUAAAGAGACAAACGAUAUGAAGUCUUUGCUGUUUGCAAAGGUUCUUAUUAAGUACCUGUUUAAUUUGACUGGAUUACCAACAGAUAUGAGGUUCUUUGAGGAUGUUGAGAACGGAUAUAGCACAGAAAAGUACUUUGAGCCAGUAUUGAAUAACAUGAGCUCUGAGAUCAAGAGUAUUUCUGAAUCUAAAAUAUCUGUUAGAUAUGGGGAUGCCAAAACAAAGGUCACUUCAGUGAUAAAUUACAUAUUUGUGGCAACUUCAGAAAUGGCGAGUAUGCUUAAGACGCCGCAUGUAACAGAGUCUAUAUUCUCUGCAAUAUUGACUGAGCGUGCCGGAAGUAUUCCAUUAACCGAUAGUAUUAAACAACUCCAGCAUGCGGCUCAGGCUAAAAAGCCUGCUAAGUAA